CAGGCAGUGGAUUGAUGGGCAAUUCUUCCGCCUCCUUCAUGGGGACCUUUCUGGCCAGUAGUCUGGGUUCCCCUCCUUCCCACCCGUCUCAUCCCUCCCGGCCACCCUCCUCGCCCUCAUCACCCUCCUUCAGAGGUGGACCCCACUCAGGCGCCUCUCAAAUCUGGUUUCCCCAUUCACAUGAAGGUCCUGGAUAUCCUCGAUUCUCAGGGAGUCUGGCACACACUUUCCUUCCAAUGAGCCACUUGGAUCACCAUGCCAACAGUGGAGUUCUCUAUGGGCAGCACCGUUUCUAUGAUACACAAAAAGAAAACUUCUAUCUACGAGGUCUCCCAUCCCAGCCACCUCUAAUCUCAGCCAAUCAUAGCCUGCCAACGAUGUCCAGGGCAGGUUCAGGGCACUCUCAGGCAUCCUGCAGCAGAGAUAGAGAUCCAGGAAUCGGGUCAAAUAUACAUAAAGGUCUCAAAGAGGGAUCAGUGGAAAGGGGAGUUGUACCUGGCAAGGAAAAAGAGAGGUCCAAUAACAAACAAGAAGCUAAAGAACGACAGCAACAACAGCAGCAACAUCACAGCCACCAGACAGCCCAGACCACACACCAACACCAUUCCCAGACACAUCAGCACCACCCUCACUAUUCACAGCACCCCCUGCCCUUGGAGGAGGUCAAUAGUAGGGCCCUGGAGAGGCACAAGGCUACACUCACAAUGGAGUACAACAAGGAGCAUCCUCAGAGUAUGGGAAAACCCCUCAGUGCCUGCUUGCACAAUGGCAAGAUGCAAAAUGGAGAUGCGGGAACUGCUACAGGGGCCAAGGUCUCCAUGUCCAGCUGUGGUGGGGACAACACAGCCCUUCGGGGUAUGGGGGGUGGGGGCAGCACCCACGGCCGGCAUAUGGGGUCCAGUGGCAAUGUCCGCUGUACCAAGGAAGGUAUAAGCGGGGAAAUGAGGAUCAGCGAACCCUCAGACUGUCUGGAAAGGGGUCAGGCACCACUUCACCACUCUCUACCCUACUCUGUACCCCCACCCUUACACAUGGGUUCUGCAACGGGAGGGGCGCACCCACAUCCCCAUCCUCAUGCUCACCCUCAUACCCAUCCUCACCCCGGGGGCUUCCACUGUCUUCAGCUCCACCCCAGCCAUCCACACCAUCCGCAUCACUCCCACCAUACACACCACCACCCAGACUUUUUCUGCCCACCCCCACCUGCUCCUCUUGCCAACCCUGCCUCACAAGAGAGGGGCCCAGUCAAUGUAGGGCGAGAGCCUAAAGUCACAGGGCCUACAUUUGUGCCAUCUGUGGCAGACCUAGGGGACAAAUCGAGUGGGCCAUUCCAGCUUGGCAACUCUGAUUGCCAGGGUGUGGGUAAUGGAGGAGGAGGAGGCAACAAUGCCAAGGACAAAGCAAUGGAAAAGAAUAGUGGAGCUGGACAUCAUAGUAGCUGGCAGAGAAAACAGCAUCAACAGCAACACCCGUACAGAAAGACAGAGAAGGCUCCGGACUGGAUGCAGUCCCAUCACCAACAUGUCCAGCCUUCACAGCUUCCUCCACCUUCCCAGCAACAACAGCAGCAAGUUGUUCGAUCACGGAGUGCUGAGUGUAUCAAUAGUGGUGUGGACAUAGAUGUGUUCAGGUCUUCACUAACCCAGGGACCCAAGGCGGGACACUCUGUGCCUCAUUCUGUUAACACUUCUCCUUACAGAGACUGCUCCCAUCAAGUACCCCCACCCAUUUCCUCACCUAUUGGAAAUAAAAAUAUGACUCCACAUAAUGGGACUGGAGCCGCUCAUGGUCCUGGAGGUAGUUGCUCCUUACAAAGAGAUAACCAAAAGGUAGCCAGGAUUCGCCACCAGCAACAUGGCCGACCUGGCCCAGAUGCUCCUUCUCCGGUUGAGAUGAGCCAGAGUAAUAGUCAGGAACUUAAGAGAAAGAUGGACAUGUCCCCUUAUGGUUACAGCAACAGCAGUGGGCAGCAUCACCACCAGCAGGCACCAGUCUCACACUGGACUAUGAGGCCCCCCCAUCACAUACCACAACCAGAGGACGAACAGAGGAAGUCUUACAUGGAGAUAGGGAACACUGGUGGGCAACACUCACAGCAGCAGCAACAACAACAACCUGGAAUAAACCUUCCUGUUCCACAGCCCCCCUCAGCACCGUCCCUGGGUCAGCAACAGCAGCAGCAACAGCAGCAACCUGACCCCCAAGGUCCAACUCAGGGUGAGAGCAGUGCCAUGAAAAGCCUGCUUAAGUACAGCAACCAGCAACAGCCACUGCUCCUCUCUCAAAAGAGCCCGUUUGGGGGACUGGGAAGUCUCAAAUCUGGUCCAUCAGGGGGUAGCUGUGCGCUGCAGGGCAACAAACAGACUCUGCCUUCCAGGAAGGGCCCAGCUAAUGACAGUGACCGCACCGAAUACAAUGGGCGUGGGCGGGAAAUGGGGGACACGGGUCAUGGGGAAAGUGAGGUUCGACAGCCACCGGUGGGAAUUGCGGUGGCAGUGGCCAGACAAAGGGAACCACCAUGUCGCUCAGGAGAUACUCACCCCAACAGCCGACAAGGAAGGGUACAUCCCUCCGUGAAAGGACCGCCCCGCUCCAUGUAUCCUUCAGAUCCCACUGAGGAGGAAAGGAAAAGGUUGAGUGAGGAGCAAAUAGGUCUCCCCUGCCUGGACAGGGAGAGAGAUGUAUAUAUCAGGGAUAAUAAAGACAGAGUGGAGUUUGCAAGGAUCCAUCCCACCAACAGCUGUCAUGGAGAUCUCACUUCUCAUCUCAUGGUCCCUGGUGGGACUUCCCUUCAGUCUGGUCAGUUAGGAGACCCUGCUGCACAUUCUGCCCACCAUCACUGGAUGCCAAGAACUGGAAGCCCAUCUCUAUGGAUGACAGGACACUCUUAUGGUAUAGGUCAUACAACCCUGCACCAGAAUCUGCCCCAUGGCUUCUCUGCAGCAAUGCCAGGCUCUUUGCAGCCAGUUCUUCCUUUGCCUCAAGACCCAUCAGCCCAGCUGGUGGUCCUACCCUCUGAGCCCCCUACCCACGCUGCAACCCAUCAUCUAGAUGUGAUGGAGCAGCAAGGGCUGUGGCCCCCUGUGUAUGGCGCCCGGGGCCCACCUUCCCAUAUGCAGCAUCCUGCUGUGUACUCCCGAUCUCAGUUUCUACGGCAACAGGAGCUGUACGCUCUCCAGCAGCAUCAACAGCUCCAGCAUCAGCACCAGAGUCACCAGUCACAACAGCAGCUACAGUCUCAACCUCAGCAGCAGCAGCAGCAGCAGCCGCAGCAGCAGCCGCACAGAGCUGCACACAGUAUGCAACACCAAGCCCCUCACAAUGCACAGAUUCAGAAGAGACCAGAGGAGCCAUCGGAUGAACUAGAGGAACUGAUUUCAGAGCCAAGAACAUCCAAACCUCCGAAGGCCUAUUCCUACAACCCGCCGCAGAGGAACACCUCCCCCCCGGGGGCCUGCGCUACUCACCUCUCCCCUUGUUACCAAUCCCCCUCGCUGCGACAGCAUCCCAGAAGCACUCCCUCAACGCCGUGUCCUGCUCCCAGCCCUGCUGCAGCAGCCCCCCACUCUCCAGCCAUCAGCCCUGCCCCGCCUCAAAUACUUAAGGGGGCUGAAUCCCAGGAAAAGAGAGGCAAGGGACAACCCCCACCAGAUUACCCAGAGUCUCUUGAGCCUGACUUGCCUCCAGGGUACAUCUAUCCAGCUAUAACCAUGGGCUACAGAAACGGACCUUCCCCGCAGGAUGUUCGACUGGCUGAACCAGCUGACCUGGAAGCAGUCCAGGCGGAACCUGCUGAUCAUACUCCCCAAUCCCUGGCUAGCCUGGGAGAGGAGUUAAACUGCCAAGUGAUGGUAAUGCCUCUCCCAGAGUCCCACCCACGCAAGGAAGUGGAGCCAGAAAAGGAGGCAAGAGUGGCUGAAAGAGGUCUUGAACAAAGGGAGGAGGCGGAUGUUGCAGCGGUGGCUGUGGCCAGCUAUGUUCCCAGUGAGCAGGAGGCAGAGGUGCAGGGUUCAGCUGAGGAGGACAUGCCAGUCGCCCCCCCUACCGAGAGUCCAGUGUGUGACACAGGUUCCUGUCCAGUUCCCCUCUCAACAGAAGAGAACGAUAGGCCUGAGGCUGUCAUUACUUUGGAGGAGGAAGAGGAUGAUGACACAAUGGGUGGCGAGAGUCAGGUGGAGAAUGAUCAAAAGGUCAACAUGCCUGGAGAGCAGGAGCCAGAGAUGCCUGCCAUUAUUGAGCUUGACUCUGCUUCCCCAGCUGCCCCUGAGUCGCAAUGCCCUCCCCUGGAGGGGGCAAAGGACAGUGAGCACCAGCAAGAGAACAAGAUGACCCCUAAUAAUGCCCCCGUAGAUUUUGCUUCGGCCUGCAGCAGCAGCCAUGACACCGUUGUUGUGCCCCAUAAACCUCUGGUGCCCUGCUACUGGAGCCUGGAGCUGCUGAUUGCUGCUGCGUUUUGCACAGAUGUACCCCCGUUCCCCCUGUUCUCUCACAGCACUCCAUCCACCGCGCUAUCACAGUGCCCCUCCAACCAGGGUAUGGAGCUUUUGAGUGAACUGGCGGAUUUGGAACUACAGGAACAGAAGCGUAGCAGUGGAAAAAGCCAGGAAGAAGAGCUGCUCAUGUUUGACCUCCAUAGCCUUGCUACCUUGGCCACAGCCCGUGCUUUGGAGUUUGGGUCUCAGCAAGACAGCAGUAUAAGUUCAGAGCGACAUUUUCCAGCACGGAGGAUCUUCAACUUACGUAGAAAGUGUAGCUGGACACCUCGCAAUGAGCCAGUGUGUCGAGCCAAAGUUAGCAUGGAAACAAUGGAUGGUCCUGAGCUUGCAAUGCGUGUGAAGUUGGCUGAGAUACAGCGUCGCUACAAAGAGAAGCAGAAGGAGCUGACCAAGCUUCAGAGAAAGCACGACCACCAGAAGGAGGAAACUCCCCGCAGUCCAGCGCGGCGAGGGCCAGGGCGGCCGAGGAAGCGGAAACCCACUCUUAGUACAGGUCCAAUGUCCUCAACUGAGGGCCAAAGAAAAGUCAAGUCGAUGGGGGCGGGGCUUGGCUUGUCGCCGGAGGACCUAGGAGGGGGCGGAGACAGCCAGAGAAGGAAGAAGAGGCUGUCCAGUCGAGGCUUUGAGCGUCUCAGCAGCUCACAGCAGAUAAAGGCGCAGGGCUACAGAAAAAGCAGUCUUCACAGCGUGCUAAGCUCUAAGCUGGCUAGUGAUGUGGCCCAGCUCAAACAGAAGGCCCAGGUUAAAAAGAAUCUAUCAGGAACAGGCUCCAGGGACAAAGAACUUUUGCCCAGCAAUUCCAAUGCCAAGCAUGAACACAGAAACCAAGGACCAGUCAAAGCUGAAUGCAGACGAGAGUCUGGUGGACAAAGUGACACGGCAGCUAGUGUGGAAAGUGUCUCCCAAGAAUCCUGGACAGGACUUGUGUGUCGUGGAAGUAAAAAAGGAUCCACAACCCUGGCACAGGGUUCCACUCACCACAGCCAGCCAAGAAGAAAAGGCCCUCGGGGCCACAGGCAGGAAGCAACAGAGGAGGAAAGGAGCUCUUCGGGUGAGAGUGAUUCGUCUGACCAAGAAGAUGAAGAAGAAGAAGGCAGUUAUGAGACAGAUGAAGGUCAAGAUUACAGAGCCCGUGCCCCCAGAGAUGUCACUUCUAGCUCUUCCGUGACAGGCCCCAGCCCCUCGUCUGUUGUUAAACUGGAGGCCAACCAGAAAGCAAGGAACAAAAAGAAGAGACAGGAACUUUAUGGCUCUCAGUGUCUGCCUGGAGUGGAAGGGGAAGUCAAAGUAAGGAAAAAGCCCACCUGUAGGCUGAACAUGGCCACUGCAGUCAAAAACCACCAGGGUCAAAGGCCCGAAGGAGUGAGAAGGACAUGUGGAUCCAGGCCGAAGGAACCUCGGUGGGGCAGCCUUGGGACAAGAGGCAAUCGCCACAGGAGAAACAUAGGACUGGCCACAUUUCCAUCCACCAGUGAGAGGUUGAAGAGGGCGACCCGCAAGAACACCAUGCUGAGAGGAGCCAUCACUAAGAGGAAAACCUGGUCAGCCGAAGCUGUAUCUCCACAAAAUGAUGAGGGAAACAGAGGGCGAAGGAGCAAGGACCAGCAACCAAAGGGAAGAGCGGUGAGUCGUCUGCUGGAAAGCUUUGCAGCUGAUGAGGGCUUUCAGAUGGAUGGCAGCAGCUUCUCAGAAGAAGAGGACAGCGGGCACUCGUACCACAAGAAAUGCUCAGAUGUUCCUAAUUGUGUCUUGACCAAAGAACUCUUAACGGAUGGACUGAAGGUGUUGAUCUCUAAGGAGGAUGAGCUUCUUUAUGCAGCCAGGGUCCACACUCUGGAUAUCCCAGACAUCUUCAGCAUUGUUAUUGAUGGUGAAAGAGGAAACCGACCAAGAAUCUAUUCACUGGAGCAACUGCUACGGGAGGCUGUACGCUACGUCCACAGAGGUGGUUCAUCUGAUGAGGGAAAGCAGGGAGGAGUGAUGGUAGAGUUUGAUGAUGGGGACCGAGGAAAGAUUUCUCUACAAAACAUCCGGCUUCUACCUCCAGGAUACCAGAUUAGCUGUGGGGAGUCAUCCCCGGCUCUGUUGGUUCCCUGUGGAACAUCGGCCAAGAAAGGUUCCGGUUUGGAGCAAGCCCCCCUCAGUGACAGGCCUUCUGACAGACUCAGCUCCACAAGCACUCUAUCCAACACCCUGAAUAUCGCUGUCAUCAAAAGAAAACCAGGAAGACCAAAGGGCUCGGGGAAAAAACAAAAGCAGCAGCAGACUGAAAAUGCCAAUAAAAAUCUUCCACCUUUCCUUGGAUGGGGAUCACUAGCUAACUCCCGGAAGAGGACAUCUGAGAAUCUGUUUCAGUUCAAUGGGGCACCUAAGAAGGCCAUCAGAGGCAAGGAAGAUCCCCUUUUUUCUUUGCCUCAGACCCAGCUGCCAUCUUCUGUCCCAAUCAAAGGUCUUUUCAGCAGCAGCUCAUUUGAGGUGGACUCCUUUAGAAGCAUUGCAAACGGCUACUCCUCCUUCUGUACUCAGUCUACAGGAGCAGGUUCAAGUUUAUCUCUGGGUGUCAGAAGUGGGCUGUAUGGAGACAAGCGGAGACAAGAUGAACUGAUCCCACCUAAAGGCAGGAAGUCCGGACAAGAGUUCCUGGUCAAAUUAGAUCAUGAAGGAGUGACUUCUCCUAAAACCAAAAACAGCAAGGCUCUGCUGUUGCGAGGUGGGUCUUCCAGUGUGAGCGGUGUGCCCCGGACAGAGGCUUAUUCUCACCCAGUCCUGCUGGUUAAGGACAGCAAAAAAGGUGGUGCCUCUAGGGUUGAGCUUCUCUUGAAAGGAACCACACCACAAAAAAAGCCUUCACCUUCUAUGCGUCUGGAGGAUUACGGUGAGUUGGGAUUCAGCUCGCACAGAGAUUGUCACAGUUCCUACUCUGAUCUGGAUGAUGAUGAAGAAGAGGAAGAAAGGAGAAGGACUGCGCUGGUUGCAGCCACAGGAGGACUCAGGACGGCUGGUCGUUUUCUUUCUCGCCUUUCUGUCUCUUCCUCCUCAUCUGGGUCCUCAAGCUCGUCCUCGUCAGGCUCUCUCUCAAGUUCCAGCCUCUGUUCCUCUGACAAUGAUUCAUCCUACAGCUCGGAGGAUGAGGACAGUUCAGCAGUCAUGCUGCAGAGUUGUCUAUCCUCCCACCAGGGGCUUCUGCAGCCGUCUGAACCAUCUACUUCUUCCAGACCUCGGCAGCACUCCUUUGUUGCAAAAGCAGUGGCGGUUUCAAGUGGCAAAGGAGGCCUCCCCAACCUGGUCUCCAGCAGCAAGUACUUAAAAAGAAAAGAGUGUAUGAAUUCCACCUCUAAACUAACAAAGGAGUUUGCGAAAAAACCUAGGAUUCAUCCAGAUGACACUUCAUUUAUUCCAAGGCCUAAGAUGUCUACUUCUCUGGCAGGCCGCCAAACGUGGAGGUGGUCUGGAAAUCCGACACAGAGGCGAGGUCUAAAGGGCAAGGCCCGGAAGCUUUUCUAUAAGGCCAUUGUGCGGGGCAGAGACACGGUGAGAGUUGGAGAUUGUGCUGUGUUCCUUUCCGCUGGACGCCCCAACCUUCCAUAUGUAGGUCAAAUUGAAAACUUCUGGGAAUCCUGGACUUCCAAAAUGGUUGUCAAAGUUAAAUGGUUUUACCACCCUGAGGAAACCAAGCUCGGCAAGAGACUUCGAGAUGGCAAGCCUGCCCUUUACCAGUCAUGUCACGAAGAUGAGAAUGAUGUCCAGACAAUCUCUCAUAAGUGCCAGGUGGUGAGCAGGGAGGAGUAUGAGUGUCUGAUUCGCAAUCAGAAGCCGAACACUACUUCCCCUGACCUCUACUACCUGGCAGGGACGUAUGAUCCCACCACUGGUCAGUUGGUCACUGUGGAAGGAGUUUCCAUCAUGUGCUGAACCUCCAGAAGGACACUACUGAAGGACUUCUUCUGAAGACGGUUCACAACUUAACGUUCAGCCUUGCAAAUCGUCAAAUAUUCAAUGGAAUAACCUCCAUUGGACCCAUGGAAGUCAUGUCAGAAACUAAACAUGCCUGUCUGAGAUAACACACUGGAGUUUGUUGGAAUCAAUACUUACAGAAGUUAAGCAGAUGUCCAACUUUUACGAGGAAUAACAAAAAGUCUGGGUCUUCCUGGGCAUCGCAAAAUGUAGUAAAGUUUUUACAUUUUUUUUUUUUUUUUUUGACUGUCUGACACAUUCUGUUUCUGACAGCCACACGUUUGGUUUUAAGACUUGUACUCUCAGCUCCUAUGAAAUAUCAAAGAGGAAGAGCUGAGAUUGCAUUUGAUAGAGCAAAUAAAAACGAGGCUCAAUAGUCACCGUGGACCAAUUCUAGCUAUAAGAUAGCCUUAUCUGAGUGAAUGGAAUUGAACAGUGAAUCAUGGGGCUCUCUCUAUGCCUUUUCAUUCCAGGGAAGUUGAAAAUAUGUAAAGGGUGUAAAGUUAAAAUUGUCUGUAAAUAUUUCAAUUGUUUUUUUUUCCCAAUCAAGCCAUACACUUCAGUACCUCCCACCUGUCUUAACUGUUCAGGUGUACAUUCUACAAUUUCGAUUAUUGUAUCGUAUUGUUGUCUGUUGUCUAUAUGUACAUAAAAGCUAUUUUAUAUAGGAGUUUAUUGUAUAUAUGAAAUGUAUCUUUCCAUGUUUGCAAUUGAUUUAUUUUUAUAAGGUGUAGAAUACAUUGUAUUGUGUUUUUCUUUUCUUUUCUCUUUGCAUUCUGGAGAUAAGAUUCAAGAGGUUAGUGUUGCACUGCAUAUGCCCUGCUGAGACAGACAGAGCACAAAGACAGAAGGAUUUAGUGUAUAACAGGAGAAGACUUACUUUCUGAGAGAGAGGGAUACUCCUGUUUAAAAAAAAACACAGGUCAAGUGGCUUUUUGUAAAAGUGUUCUGUUACUUCACCUUUUUAUUUGCCUAUUUUAAAAACACUUUUUAUUUAUUUACUGCUCAUCACCAUGAACGUCAGGCAGAUCUCACUGGACUGCAGUCAUGGGUCAAAUAUGAGUUUUCCAUUGUGAUACAAAAUUUGUGUAUGAUGAGUGUUGUGGCGUCACUAAAAUCAUGACUACACAGAUACAUUUCGACUGGGUCUUUUUAAUGAAAAUGUGUUGAUUGUGCAUUGUUUUCAUCAGUGCAGAAUUGAACGCAUUAUGGCCUACAAAAUACCAAAGUGUCUUUAAUAUCUUUAUUUAAAAUGUUAUCAAGCACCUGUACUGAACUUAAAUCAGUAAAAUCAGAAAUCACUGGUUAUCUAUAAAAUACUCGUUCUCCACUAUUUGCAUAUAUAUUGGCUCAACAUUGUGACAAAAUGUUUCUUGCACAUCUAUCAGCAAUUUUUGUUUAGUACAAAAAUACGCAACACAGUGCCACCGGGGAUGCGACUAUGAAGGUCAAGGUACAGGAAACGUGAAAUGUUUUGUUCUGAUAGUUUGUUGAAGUGAAAUAUUUUGGAUUCAUUAGUCAUCUGUGUUUAUUUUGUACAGUUCACAAACAAACUAAACGCUAACUGUGAAGGACAAUCAGAUUCACAAAGCAAUGGAGAGAGUAGGGUCACUCAAUCUGAAAAGGACUUAAGUUUAUUUAAUUUGUGCCAAGUAAACUUUCUUUUUUUAUUUUGUUUUUUAAUAUGCAAUCCUGACUAUUUUUUUCGCUCAAAGGUUUAUUUUGUUCGCAAACACGUUAUUUAUUGUCAAUGUUGCUGUUUGUUCAGGCCAAGAGCGCUUUAUGAGAAUGGGACUUUUUUUUUCUUGGUGUGAUGUCGCAUUUGCAUUUCUUGAAUAAAUCUGGUCUUGUAGAGACCAUCUAGUGAAGAGAAAUAAAGCAACACUGGAUUCUUCUCAUGUGCAAACUCCUGUGAAUUGAUUCUUUUCUUUUUGACUGUCUCCUCCUCAUCAGGUGCCCACCAUCUGA